GUUGGCUUGUACGUUUCUUUUCCAAAAGAAGAAAAAAAAACCGGUACAGUUUCUUCUUGCAAGUUUGCAACGGCCAAUUUACCGUCUUUCCCACCAUACUGGAGCAACAAUGCUACUCCACCCCUCCUUCCCGGCCAUUAAUCCUCUCACUUCCAACCGAUUCAAAACUUUCCUUCACCGUCAUCGUACCACUGUGGCCCGCCGUACACUCCGAUGCGCUGCCGGCAAUGGUGACGUCGACGCAUUCACCAAGCGCUCCGGUUACCUCUUCAAGCUCACCGCCUUCGAGGUUGAUUCCUUGGCCGACUACAACGUCUCGAAGAUUGCCGCGGUCUACAGGAGGAAACCGCUGGUUCUCUUUCGCCGCCUUUUUCAGAUCGGGACCACUUUCGGAAAAUGGUUCGCCCUCCGGUACCUCGACCGGGUCAUGGAGAAGUCCGACUUGAUGUUCGAGGUUCGGGCCGCAGAGCUUCGGAAAAUACUGGUGGAACUUGGUCCGGCAUAUAUCAAAGUUGCUCAGGCUAUCUCAUCCAGACCUGAUUUGAUACCUCCCUCAUAUUUGGAUGAGCUCUCAUUGUUGCAAGAUCAAAUUAGUCCAUUUUCCACUGAAGUUGCUUUCAACACAAUAGAACAAGAACUUGGUUUACCUUUAGAUGACGUUUUUUCAGAAAUUUCACCAGAGCCUAUAGCUGCAGCCUCCCUUGGGCAGGUUUAUCAAGCUAGACUUCGUCGUAGGGGAGAGGUUGUCGCUGUUAAAGUGCAAAGACCAGGGGUUCAAGCUGCAAUAUCCCUAGACAUUCUAAUAUUGCGUUUUCUAGCGGGAUUACUUAGGAGAGCAGGAAAAUUGAACACAGAUCUUCAGGCAGUUGUUGAUGAAUGGGCAUCAAGUCUUUUUCGGGAGAUGGAUUACAUGAAAGAAGCAAACAAUGGUCUCAAAUUUAGACAAUUAUAUGGUGCACUACCAGAUGUUUUGGUCCCAAAAAUGUAUGUGGAGCAUACAACUCGUAAGGUCCUUGUUAUGGAAUGGGUGGAGGGACGAAAGUUGUCAGAAGUGAAGGAUCUUUACUUGAUUGAGGUUGGAGUCUAUUGCUCAUUCAAUCAACUUCUGGAAUAUGGCUUCUAUCAUGCAGACCCACACCCUGGAAACCUUCUCCGGACAUAUGAUGGGAAACUAGCUUAUUUAGAUUUUGGUAUGAUGGGUGAAUUUAAGCAAGAACUCCGUGAUGGAUUUAUUGAAGCCUGUCUCCACCUUGUGAACCGUGAUUUUGAUGCAUUGUCAAAGGACUUCGUCACUCUUGGGCUUCUUCCACCGACAGCAGACAGGGAUGCUGUUACAAAGGCUUUAACAGGUGUAUUCCAGAAUGCUGUUGCUAAAGGAGUUCGGAAUAUUAGCUUUGGAGACCUGUUAGGAAAUUUAGGAACAACCAUGUAUAAGUUCAAAUUUCAAAUACCUUCAUAUUUUUCUCUUGUCAUUCGGAGCCUUGCUGUAUUGGAGGGAAUUGCAAUUGGCUUUGACCCAGAUUACAAAGUCUUGGGAAGUACAUACCCUUGGAUUGCUAGAAAAGUACUAACUGACAGCUCACCAAAGCUAAAGGCUUCUUUGCAAACUCUUCUUUAUGAGGAUGGUGUCUUCAGAAUUGAUCGUCUAGAGUCUUUGCUAACAGAGUCCCUCCGCGCCAAAACAGAGAAGGCCUUGGUCAGAAAACAAGCAGAGGAAACUGGUUCCAGGGUUGUUAUUAAGCAAGUCCUUUCUUUUACUUUAACUGAGAAGGGUGCCUUUUUGAGGGAUAUGCUUCUUCAAGAAAUUGCUAAGGGUUUGGAUGCUCUUGGGCUAGCGACACUGAAUUCUAUAACCUCUACAGCUAUACCCUUCAUGUCUUUCGUUCCAGUCUCAUCAAUGACUGAUGAGGACACGGCCAACUUGAGAACCUUGAGUCGUCUUCUGCUGCUGUUGUCAGGGUAUCAACAGACUGAAAAUUCAGUCGGGGGACUUGGAGGUGGUGUCAGCCCAGACAAGAAUCAAAAACUGUACCCAGAGGAAGCAUCAUCUGUCUUUAAUCAACUUGCAUCUGUUCAAGAAAUUCUACCCAUUCUCUCUGUUAUUUUUGAGCUCCCACCUGAAUCCCAACAGCAGUUACUUGGUCUACCUGCUGAUCUGGCUGGACGGUUGAGUUCCCGUGUCGCUGCGAGGACUAUACGGAGAAUGUUUUUAUGAAACAUUUACAUUACUUUUUCCUCCUUUACUAAAGGUUUCAUAUUUUGAAUAUCCUUCCUACCGGUUAGGAAUUCCUUGAGAAGGGGGGGUUCUGAGAAAUUCUUUAUAGCGUGCAAUUGAAUUUACUCCUUGUAAAGAUUGUUUGGGAUGUGGUGGAUUUGAAUUCACUACUGUGCGUUGUAGAUGCAUGGGUUUGGGAAGGAUUUAGAUUUGGGUGUUUAAAAUACAAUUCCCUUGUUAUGUUUA